AUGAACGCUCUAAUAGGCCAUCUAAUGAUAAACCGAUCCAAACGAAGAAACGAAAAGAGACGAUGUGCACAAAGAUCAAAGAAAAAGCGUUUUAAUUCAAAAGGUCAGAACAGAUUUUUAGAUGUAUUUGAAGUGGUGGAAUUCGACCACGUGACGUGUUCGGCUCUUAAUGGAUUCGAAGGGACUUGUCUACAUGAAUAUGAUUGUCAAAAAGUAGGUGGAAAAACGAUGGGAACUUGUGCUGACGGUUAUGGAACAUGUUGUGUUAUGCAAUUUACUUGCGACGAACGUUCCUCAUCUCCUAGUGUAUGGUUCACUAAUCCCGGAUAUCCUACACCAAAUCCUGAUAGGCUUUCUUGUUCCUUUACAUUAGAAAAAUAUUCUGAUGAAGUGAAGCAAAUACGACUGGAUUUUAUAAGUUUUGAGAUUUUACCGCCUACAGCGGGAAGUUGUGAGCAGGAUCAGUUUUUAGUAACAGGACAAAAUGUAAAUAAUGUUAUACCUAUCCUUUGUGGUAUAAAUUCUGGACAACACGUGUAUAUAGAAGUUUCAAAUGCAGAGGGUCCAGUAGUUCUUUCAUUUCAGACAAUAUCGGAAGAACAGCGCUUGUUCUCUAUUAAGGUAACUCAAUUGAUUUCCUCUGACAAUUUAAAAGCUCCUUCAGGAUGUUUACAAUACUACAAGGAAGAACACGGGUACCUAGAAUCAUUUAACUACCGUGACGUAUCUGAAAUAGGAAUUACAAGGAUAUCUAGUUACAUGAACUACCUGAAUUAUGCUAUAUGCAUUGAACGCGCAAAUGCCUUCUGUAGUAUAACGUACAACAACGUCGGGGAUAUGCAAAUUAUCAACUAUGAUACUGAAGGUCUGCCUGUAAUUCCACCGCGACAAGCAGGAGUUGAAAUAUUCGACUGUCCGAGCGACUGGCUACUGAUAGCCGCCGUCCGACUGUGCGGCGAACGUCUUAAUGAUGGUUCUAUUCUACAGGAUUUUACUUUGGAUGCGCCCGUGACAGAUGAUGGAGUGGGGCCAAUUGUAAUAUGGUUCAGAUCUGACGGAAUAUACGCCGGUCGGGGUUUCAAACUAAGCUAUCAACAAAACGCUUGUACUAAAUAA